AUGAGACUCAAUGUCAAGCAGACGGACGACGAACCUCUUGGACAAGUGGUAAGCCUUACCCCGAAAGUUUUCACUUUAUCUCUGAAAACGCUCCCGCUGCAGUUCUCUCUUGGAGAUGUCGUCGGCAUAUACUUCGCUUCGUCCCCGUUGAUCCGGAACGUGCACGUCUGCAUCCAUCUUGGAUAUCUACUCUCUCCACGAGUCUCCCCAUUUUGGUCUAAGCUUUCAACCUCGAGAUCCUCCCACUGCUGGCCUGCCGGGAUCUUCCCACCAUUACACCUUAAUCAGACCCUCAGAGCACCAACGACAUAA